GAUUAUAAUAAUUGGAGGAGAAAACACAGAAAUCCCCAAACCGCCUGCAAGGCGCCAGGAAGAGAGCAAGGAAUCCCACCCCGUGAGAAAGAACCAGAAAAAUUAGCAGAAAAGGCCAUCUACGACUACACGAGAAAUGAGCAAAAGUGGAAAUUAUAUAUAUAUAUAUAUAUCCUUCGUCCGCUUGCCAUCGACAUGGAAACAAAUCCGAAGAAAGCCUUGAAAAACUCUCCAUCUUCAUCAGUUGUAGUGGUAAUGGUUCCUUUCCCAGUUCAGAGCCAUCUAAACCAGCUCUUACAACUCUCCCACAUCAUUUCCUCUUACAACAUCCCAGUUCACUACGUUGGCUCUUCUCUCAACAAUUCCCAGGUCAAGUCUCGAGCAAGUCGAGCACUAAACGACACCAAAAGAUCAAUCCAUUUCCACGACUUCCCAAUUCCCCAUUUCCCUUCUCCUCUCCCAAACGAGACCAAAUUCCCUUCCCAUCUCCUUCCUUCCUUUCAAGCCGCUCUCAACCUUCGCCAACCUUUUGCCAAUCUUCUCACUUUGCUCUCCAAAACGGCAACAAGAAUUGUCUUAAUCCAUGACCGUUUAAUGGCUUCUGUUGUUCAAGACGCAACUUCUUUUCCCAACACAGAAGCUUAUGUUUUCCAUUGUGUCUGCCGUUUCCAACUUUGCCUUGCUUCGUGACACCAUGGGAUUAGAACUUCACCCUGAGAUUCCACCCGUUGAGGGGUGCUUAAACCCCGAGUUUGAGGCUUUCAUGGCUUACCAAACCAAUCUUUUAAAUGGCAAAUCUGGACAUUUGUACAAUACUAGUAGGGUUAUAGAAAGCUGUUUCAUUGACUUCAUUUUGGCGAAAGAGACAGAAACUAAUGAGGAUAUGAAAAUAUGGGCAAUCGGGCCUUUAGAGACGGUAACAAUCUUCAAGCAGAUAGUACCAAACUCAAGUGGUGAACAUAAAAGGGAUUGUUCUUGCUUGGAGUGGCUUGACAAGCAGGAGAGAAACUCUGUGUUGUACAUCUCUUUUGGGACAACAACUUUCAUGGAAGAUGAGCAGAUUAGAGAAUUGGCCAUUGGGUUAGAGAAAAGUGGGGUAAAGUUUUUGUGGGUUUUGAGAGAUGCAGAUAAAGGAAAUGUUUUUGAUGAAAGUGAAGCUAGGAGACUUCAACUUCCACAAGGGUUUGAGGAGAGAGUGAAAGGGAAGGGAAUUGUGGUGAGAGAUUGGGCGCCCCAGUUGGAGAUUUUGGGGCACUCCUCGACUGGAGGUUUCAUGAGUCAUUGCGGGUGGAAUUCAUGCUUUGAAAGUAUUAGUCUUGGAGUGCCCAUAGCAGCCUGGUCAAUGCACUCUGAUCAGCCCAUGAAUGCUGUUUUGAUCACAGAUUUGCUCAAAGUUGGUGUUGUUGUUAGGGAAUGGACAAAAAGAGAUGAGUUGGUGAGUUCAUCAGUGAUUGAGAAAGUCGCGAAGAGAUUGAUGAAAUCGGAAGAAGGAGAUGAAAUAAGGGAAAAGGCAGAGGAAUUGGGAAAUGAAUUGAGAAAGGCUGUUGCUGAAGGUGGAGUUUCUCGCAUGGAGUUAAAUUCUUUCAUUGCUCAAAUCACUAGAUAG